GCGGGACGUGGGGCUGUGCGGGGUGCUGAAAGAGAUCGCCAGUGCCGACGAGGAGGGGCUGCAGUGGGCGAAGACAGGCUCAAGCUACACGCUGGCCGUGUGCCACUGGCUUUCCUCGCUGCAUGGCUCCUUGUUCCCCCACCUCUCGCUGAACAGCGAAGACAUGAUCGCGACGUUCUCCCAGGCAGUGGACUGGGCCGGCUGCACCGUCCGGGCCUUUGCCUGGCACCCUCACACCAGCAAGUUUGCCGUGGCUCUUCUGGAUGACUCCAUUCGGGUCUACAACUCCAACAGCGCCACCAUCCCCUCGCUGAAGCAUCGCCUGCAGAGGAACGUGGCUGCCAUGCCUGAAAGCGCCUCCUGCCUUGCGGUCGCCUGCCAGAGCUGCGUCCUGGUGUGGCACCUGGAUCCCACCUCCCUCUCCACGAGACCGUCGUCCGGCUGCGCUCAGGUGCUGUCCUACCCGGGGCACAGCCCCGUCACCAGCCUGGCGUGGGCUCCCAGCGGGGAGCUGCUGCUCUCGGCGUCGCCGGUCAACGCAGCCAUGCUGGUGUGGGACGUGUCCACCGAAAACUGCGUCCAGCUGCAGUGGUUUGGGGGCGGGGGUGUCACUUACUUGGCUUGGUCACCGGACGGCAGCAAGAUCCUGGCAGCCACUCCCUCCGCAGUGUUCAGAGUGUGGGAGGCUCAGAUGUGGACAUGCGAGCGGUGGCCCACUAUCAAAGGACGCUGCCAGACGGGGUGCUGGAGCCCUGACGGCAGCCGACUGCUCUUCACGGUGCUGGGCGAGUCAGUCAUCUACUCCUUGUCCUUCUCGGAGUACCGGGGGGAGAUGCAAGGGCAAGUGGGAGGCUCGAAAACAGCUUCUAUUGUGGCAGAUCUGUCCGAGACCACCUUCGAGACGCUCUACGGGGAGGAGAGGAUUGGAGGAGAAGUCCACUCCAUGGUGUGGGACCCCACCGGUGAGAGGCUGGCCGUGAUCAUCAGGGGGCACGCCGACGCUCCCGGGAGUCAGACGGUCAUCGCAGUGUUUCGCACCCGCAACAGCCCCGUGUUUGAGCUCCUGCCGUGUGGUUUCCUGCGAGGCGAGCGUGGUGCGCAGCCCCAGAUCAUCGCCUUCCACCCCUGCUUCAAGAAGGGUGCCCUCCUGACCGUGUGCUGGUCCACGGGGAAGAUCAGCCACAUCCCCUUCUUCUUCGUGAGCACCCAUGUCCCCUGCGCCAGCCCCAGCCCCGUCAUGGCCAGCGCCAGUGUGCGGGAGCAGCCCCUCUUCUCGGAGCUGUGA